AUGGAGGCACGUUGCUGCUGGUUGCGGAAGCAAAGUAGGGAGUGGUGGUGGCACUGCUGCUGUGGGUGCGGAAGUAAGGUAGGGAAAGGCGGAUACAUUGCUGCUGCUGGGUGCGGAAGCAAGAUAGAAGAGAAUGAAGGCAUUGCUGCUGCUGGUUGUGGAAGCAAGGUAGAGAGCAUCAGAGGCAUUACUGCUGCUAGUUGUGGAAGCAAGGUAGGGAGUAACGGCAGCAUUGUUGCUGCUGGAUGUGGAAGCAAGAUAGGGAGUAACGGAGGCAUUGUUGCUGCUAGUUGUGGAAGCAAGGUAGGGAGCGAUGGAGGCACUGCUGCUGGUUGUGGAGUAAGGGAUGAAUGGUGUGGCACUGCUGUUGCUGGUGUGGAGAAAGACAAGAUAGAGAGCAAUGGAGGCAUUGCUGCUGCUGGUUGCGGAAGCAAGGUAGGGAACAUCAGAGGCAUUACUGCUGCUGGUUGUGGAAGCAAGGUAGGGAGUAACGGAGGCAUUGUUGCUGCUGGUUGUGGAAGCAAGGUAGGGAGCGAUGGAGCUGCUGCUGGUUGUGGAAGUAAGGUAGAAAGCGACAGAGGGACUGUUGCUGCUGGUUGCGGAAGCAAAGUAAGGAAUGGUGGUGGCACUGUUGCUGCUGGGUGUGGAAGUAAGAUAAAGAGCAAUGGAGGCAUUGCUGCUGCUGGUUGCGGAAGCAAGGUAAGGAGCAUCAGAGGCAUUACUGCGGCAGGUUGUGGAAGCAAGGUAGGGAGUAACGGAGACAUUGUUGCUGCUGGUUGUGGAAGCAAGGUAGGGAGCGAUGGAGGCAUUGUUGCUGCUGGUUGCGGAAGCAAAGUAGGGAAUGAUGGUGGCACUGCUACUGCUGGGUGCGGAAGCAAGGUAGGGAGCGAUGGAGGCAUUGCUGCUGCUGGGUGUGGAAGUAAGGUAGGGUGUAAUGGUGGCACUGCUGCUGGCUGCGGAACCAAGGUAGGAAGUGGUGGAGGUGAUGUUGCUGCUGGGUGCGGAAGUAAGGUAGGGUGUGAUGGACGUACUGCUGCUGCCGGGUGCAGAAGCAAGGUAGGGAGCAAUGGAUGUACUGCUACGGCUGGGUGUGGAAGCAAGGUAGAGAGCAGUGGAUGCACUGUUGCUGCUGGGUGUGGAAGCAAGGUAGAGAGCGGUGGAUGCACUGCUAGUAUUGGGUGCAAAGACAUCAUAAAAAGUGAUGGAUGCAAUGCUUGUGCUGGGUGUGGUAUCAUGGUGUAG